UCCAUCGAUUUGAAAGCUCGAACGUGUCCAAAUAUAUUCCUCCCUUCUCAUUUCCAUAAAGAAUACGUGUAAACUUCUCCCUCCAACUGUAGUUUAUCAGUCUCUCACACACACACAUGAUUGGAAUAAUGACAGUCUUUUCCUCUUGAUUAUGCCAGUAUGAGCUUCCACACAUCCUGUUGUAGUCAAAGCUGUAAAUAGAACUUGUUGAUAUGCCAGUCAGGGACACAAGUGUUACAGCAGGAUUCAGACAAAGUCUUGGCGUCUCCAGGUGCAGAGGGUUUCUUCUGUCUCCUAAAUGUGUCAUGGAGUCUGCUUUCCUCACCUUUAUUCUUGCCUCUUCUCUCACAGUGUGCUCCUGUCAAAUUGGAAUCACAGGCUUGAAGGAUGUUGUGGUAGCUGCGGAGAACAUGCCUACCACCCUGGGCUGCACUGAUACAACAGUAAAAGGUGACAUAUCAAUUAACUGGAUGGUGAAAUCACUCGGCACGGAUGAAUGGAAGCUGCUCCUCACCGCCACGGAGAGGAACAAUUUCUCCGGUGCCUCUUCGAAGGCAUCCAUGCGAUUGCUUGACAGGAACUUCAAAGACAGCGGAGUGUUUUCGCUGUUUCUGGUACCCACAGUGGAGGACAGCGGUCUCUAUACGUGUCUCAUAAAGCAAAGAGGGAGGAAGCUGAAGGAGAGGAUGCAUCUACUAGCAAUACUCAGAGUAACCAUCUUCCCUGCUCCGCCCCUCCCUCAUCACAGCACCCUGCGGCUGAUUGCCAAAGUAACUCCUGAUGACGCCGUCACCAAAAUCACUUGGACGGCCCCGAGUGGGGCACUCAUGAAGAGCGAGAAGAAGAACACAGUCGUGGUGGCCAAGCUGCCGCAGAUCCGAACCAGGGACCGUGGGACCUAUGUCUGCUCGGUCUACUCCCAGAAAAACAGCUCUCGUGCGUUUGCCGCACAGGUGGAAGUUACGGUUGACGCUGACAAAGUGGCUAAAUUCACUAAUGUAACACACGGCUCAAUGAUCUUCACUGGUGCUGAGGCUCACAAACCCUACCUCCUGAAGUGUCCUGAAGUCAACGGGGACUUGGUUGUGCUGCACCGACUACCCGCAGAUGCCAAGAAGAAGGACAUGAAGGUUGCAUACGAGUAUGACCGCUGGAGGGAUUCCACCCUCCGAACAGAACAGAGCAAACGUCUCCGGCUGGCCGGUCCACCCUUUGAUGCCAAGGCGGGGAUCUUCUCCUUCCUGCUCACCCCUGACUUAAAAGAUGGCGGCCUCUAUGCCUGCGAAGUUUCUCUCAACGAUAAUAUCUUCAGCCAGUGGACAACACUCAGCGUGCUGAAAGCUAAAACCAGAUAUUAUACCUCAAAGGUGGAGCUGCUGUGCCUUUACUCCGAGCUGUCCCAGGUCCACAGUGCCGAGUGGACACACCAUAAUGAGAGUCGUCGGCUGGAGAUGUCGAGCAGCAAUCCCGGGAGCAUCAGCGCUGUCCUGCCUUUACCCAUCACCCCCGACACGGCAGGGAACUACACCUGCAGCCUGCAGCUAAAAAACGGACAGGUCAUCCGGGCGGUGCAGACUGUCUCGCUGCCCCUGAAAGAGAGUGUGAGUGUCACCACCCCCUCCCCUCUUCCUUCUCUGUCUGCUUUAUUACUCCUUGUGCCCCUGGUUGCUGCAGCUGUCGGUGUGUUGCUAUGGAGACAGAAACACAUUUCUGAUCGCGGUAUUGAACAGUCUCUGUCUGUCCAUUCGGGUGAAGCAGAGAACGUCUAUGAGAAUCCUGCAGAUAUAAGACAGGCUCCUCCCCAGGGCUCAGUCUAUAUGGAUUUGAAGCCAAGAGGAGAAGAUGAUGUCUAUAAGGAACUGGAGCGAUAUGAGCAGUGUCAGGGCUGAUCACCUACCCACAUCUCGCCCUCGUCCAGCUGUCACAAUCUCUCUGUACUCAGCUGCCGUAAAAUACUUUUAUAAACAGGAGAAAGAUCUAAAUGUCAGACCAGAAAAACAUCAAGGCCUCAGGGAAAUGCUGCUGAGUUGAACUAUUUUUUCUGUAUAAGCUGCAGAUCCUUAUAAAAUGCUGAUUUUCCCCGAAAUAUCCUGCAUUUAAUUAAUUUAUUUUUUGGCCUACUUACAUAUUCUAGUUUUAUGCUUUGCAUUGUUUUGUAUUGUAGUCACAUUGUAUCUUUUCAAAAUGAGUUUUUCUAAAUAAAGAUUCUCUUAAAUA